AUGACUACGAGAAUUGUCAAAGCACGCCAGCUGCGCGACCUCAAGCACUUCAUUGCGUUGGAUGCUUCGUGGCACAUGCCUAACAGCGCGCGCAACCCAAACGACGAGUACCUCUCCAAGCACCUCCCUCAAGCAAGGCGUUGGGAUCUCGACAAAAUUGCUUCGAACCACCCAGAUGGCUUUGUCGGUCAUAUGCUCCCCUCACCUGCAAUUUUUGCAUCAGCGUGUUCCCAAUUGGGAAUUGAGCGCAACUCUCAAGUCCUCCUCUAUGACACAGUCGGUGUUUUUAGCGCUCCACGCGCUGCUUUCACCUUUCGCGCAAUGGGUCAUCCAAAUGUCGCUGUCCUCGACGGUGGUCUCCCAGCCUAUGAGAGGGAAGGUUUACCUGUAGAGUCGGGAGAGUAUGUUUCCCAACGCUCAGAGUACCCCGUACCUACACUGGAGAAGAACUUUAUCAAGGACCACAUAGAUAUUCUCAACACCAUUGAGCGUAAAGAUAGCGUCAUACUCGAUGCUCGUCCGCAGCCUCGCUUUGCGGGCGCGGCGCCUGAACCCAGACAGGGCCUGUCGUCGGGUCAUAUGCCUGGUGCUCUCUCGCUCGCUUUUCCCCAAUUGCUUCAGGAUGGCCAGCUUAAGAGCCCUGAAGAGCUUCGUGCGGUGUUUGAAAAUACACUCGGAAAGCAGCAGCUGGAUAUGGUCCUCGAAGGGAAGAAAGAUGUCAUUACUAGUUGCGGCUCAGGGAUGACAGCCGCGAUCGUAGCUCUUGCCCUGGAAGUUAUUGGAGGUCAUAGCUCCAUUUACGAUGAAAGCUGGACUGGCUACGCACAGCGUUACAACUCACCAAUCACACCACUCGCUAGUCUCACUCCAAGAUGA